AUGCCAGGCAUCCUACCUAUGAAAGUGAUCAAGGUGGGCAACAACCCUCAGAGCCGCAUUGCCCAGGCCUGCGAUCGAUGUCGGAGCAAAAAAAUCAGAUGCGACGGCAUCCGGCCGUGCUGCAGCCAGUGUUCCGCCGUCGGGUUCGAGUGCAAGACCAGCGACAAGUUGAGUCGACGCGCGUUUCCUCGAGGAUACACCGAGUCGUUGGAGGAGCGAGUCCGAUCACUGGAGUCGGAGGUGCGCGAUCUCAAGAAUCUUUUGGACGAAAAGGAUGAAAAAAUUGAACUGCUUUCACGCAUCCAUUCCUUUGGUUCGCCGUCCCAGAAAUCGCGCUAUGCUUCCCCCUCGACAGCCGCACCUGGCCCAGUAACGCCCCCGGAGUCAUCAAAAUCAACUGCUUCCGAUGCAGAAGGCACAAUUUAUGUACAGACCGGCUCUUCGCCGUCGACGAAACCGACGUCAAACACACCUUUUACCGGCCCCUCUAGCGUCAGGGCUUUCUCGAGUACAUUGACAACGAAAGUUGUUGAACGCGGCACUCCUUCAUCAUCCAUACCAACUAAAUCGCUGACCUCAGUUGCGCCCAAAACUUUUCAGUCGCCUCACCAAACGCCGGCAUUGCCACCCAGAAUGGUGUCGGAUCAAUUGAUCAGCAUUUAUUUCCAAGAAUGGGCGCCUCUUUACCCUGUGGUUCAUCGACCUGCGAUCCUCAAAGCGUACGACACAUAUGUGACCAAAUCAAAAUCCCUGCAGGGUGAGCCCCAUCUCGUGGCUCAGCUCAAUCUGAUUUUCGGCAUUGCCGCAUUGUCUUCAAAGUCGAGAACCAACCAAAACCCCGCUAUCUUUGAGAAAACCUGGUACCCCAUGGUAGAAUCAUUGUCUGGUGAAACAUCAAUUUCUUCUAUGCAAUGCCUAGUUUUGGCUCAAAUGUACUGUUUAAUCAAAGGAGACUAUCAGUCUCUAUCACGUUACCGCGGCCUUGCAAUUGGCAUGGCGCAGGUCCUAGGCCUCUAUCAAAGCCAAACACGAUUUGCCCUGGAUCCAUUGGCCACUGAGACUCGCAAGAAGGUCUUUUGGUGCCAAUUCAUUUUGGAUCGUUUUACGGCCGCUGCAACUGGAUUGCCUGUUAUGCUUCGCGAAAACGAUAUUGACAUCGAGCUUCCGGCAGAUGUGGACGACGAGAAUGUGACCGAGACCGGAUUCGUCCCAUCUGUGCCUGGCGAAUCGACUCGCCUCUCAACUGCAUUGGCUUUGCUAGAGGCUUCCAAGAUUCUGGGAAAAGUCCUUGGGGCUCUAUACCCCUCCACAGCAGCCUACGAAAUUUCCAUGUCAAAACUACGCGGCUUGUCUGAGGAAUUGGAUACAUGGCAUGCGAAUCUUCCAUCUCAUCUGAAGCUUAUUUUCUCCCAAGACAAACCCAGCACCAAUGUCACCGGCAGUCGAUCACCGCUCAUUUCUUUGGUCUAUUACUAUAUUCGGGUUUUGAUCCAUCGUCCAGCAGCCUGCUUUGGAAACUCUAGACUCGCUAGUGCAUCUAUCCUGGCGAUUUCCGACUCCAGCAAGCACAUAGUCCAGAUUCUCGAGUUGCUGGAUGAAAGAUGCCUAUCUCUUUCUCUCGCUGUUAACCGCCUUGAAAUUGUCUAUUCGGCCGGUCUCGGACUUCUCUUGCAAAGUCUUGGUUUGAAGCGGGACAGCAAGCUCGCAAAGGAGACUCAGAGGACUUUAUUGGCGACCAGGAAGCAAUUGGAGCCUGAGUCCAAGGUGGCUGCGGCCGAGUUCCGAGCUUUGACAAACAUCAUCACAGGCUCUAAUGGUGAUCGACAGUCAUCGCCAUCCUUAAAAGUCCAAUCCCUAUCACCCAAGAAAGCACUUCAGUCUCUGCAGUCCCGUUUUUCGCCAGCUUCCAAUACAGGAGACGUGAAAGGGCAAGGGAUGUCGAGAAGGAACACAGUAGCCGGUAGUGGAGCAUUGCCGGAAUCGAGACGAGACGAGAAUGGCCAUCGCCAAAUGCGACAUGCAUCUCACCAACACAGCUUCCAACAAUCGUUUGGCAAACGUCGAACAGUGGACGACCUAUCGGCCGACACCAAUCUAGACUUUUACCCCGUGGAUGUUGAUGGUGGGACGGGUAUGACAUGCGCUGAUUCAUCCAAUAUGCCGUUGUCUACGGCGGAUUGGGAAUUGAUCCUUGGCGACCUAGACCGCGGGCACUCCAACAUAUUCAAUGGUAUUUAUGGCGGACGGGAGUGCGGAUCUGGGCCGAGCCAUUUUGACGCGGUGCUUUCUGGAUAUCCAAGCUACGCUACCUCGUAUGCAACGACCGAAUCUGCCCGGCCUGCGUCUCAGGAGCUGUCUCCAAACACGUGGUCGCCCGAUAGUGGCGAUCUGUCGCAUGCUUAUGAUGGGUCCAGUCAGAGCGUGCAUAGCCGGUCGGAAGAUGGUCUUGGGAGCACAGAAGACCUGCUUGCAACCGAGGGUAUCGGCAUGCAACAAGCCGGCGGCAUCAACAUGGGAAACUCGCUCAAGGGGAUCGUGAUCCCUAGUAUUGACGACGAGUUUAUCGAUCUUGGGUUUCUCGAUGGAUGGGAGCAGCAGAUGGCCAUGGCCUGA